AUGGAUAAUAUUUAUAAGUUUAGAGCUAAUACUUCAAUCUAGCAUUUAUAACAUUUGAAUAAUGAUAAAUAAUUUUAUUCUGAAGAUGAAUCAUCUGAAACCAAAUAGAAUUAACAGUUUUACUUAAAAUAAAUCAGUAAACCACCCAGUAAGAUGUCACAUUUUAGUCAAAACAUAACAGGUUAUUAAACUGAUGAUUCAGACAAAGAUUCCUAAAAGGAUAUUAAAAGAGGUCCAACAAGUAAAAAUUAAAUUUUAUGUAGGUUAAAAAUUGUCAAAAUUUAGGAAUUUAGUGAAUUCAAUAGAAGGUGAUAUUGAAGGUGCUGAGGAAGAACGAGAAGAUGAUGUUCAAACAGAUAUAACUCAAAGUAAUUAUGAAGAUCCUACUUAUAUUACAAAUAAAACAAGUAAACUUUAAUGGAAGAUGAAAUAGUACAAUAAUGAAUAGAUUUUUUUAGUGUAACAUUUAUAUAAUCAUAGCAAAUUGUAGAGAAAUGUUAAUUCUGACAUAGAAUAUUCAACAAACAAAUAAUAAUGUAAAUUAUCUAAUCAUCCUUUUCGUCAUCUUAUCUAUGGUCCAUUAAUUUGUGAAAAUGUAUUCAACAAAUUUUUAUAACUCACCUAAAGAGGAUUAAUUUAUGCUACUCGAAGUCUUAAGGAACCAUGUAAAAAAUAUAUUAAAUCCAAAACUUUAAUAUUACCAGAUGCUAAAAUUCCUAAAUCAAAAACCUUACUUUUAGAUUUAGAUGAAACUUUAAUUCAUAGUUGUUCAGCUAGAGAUAAAUAUUAAAUUUGUAUACUUGCAUUUAAUGAAUAAGGAGAAUAAGCAAAAGUAAUACUAUCUUUCUAAUUUUUAGAUAUAUUUAAAUAUUCGACCAUUUUGUUAAUGGUUUUUAUAAUAAAUGAGUUUACUCUAUACUAUCUAUGUAUAUACUGCCUCAUCAAGUGCUUAUGCUAGUACUAUUGUCAAAUAUUUGGAUCCUAAAGGAUAAUUUAUAUCUGGAAUUUUAUCAAGACAGAAUUGUUUGGAAACUAAACAUGGAUUUUACAUUAAGGAUCUUAGAAUUAUUUCGAAUAAACAAAUUAAGAAUAUGCUUAUUGUUGAUAAUCUUGCUCAUUCAUUUGGAUUUUAGAUUGAAAAUGGAAUACCCAUACUAGAAUGGUAUGAUGACAUGAAUGAUUAGGAACUCAAAUAUUUGGCUACUUAUUUAAUGGAGGCAGCUGAUUAAGAAGAUCUUAGACUAUUCAAUAAAAACAAACUUAAGCUACUUGAUUUAAUUGAAUAUAAAUUCGAUUGAUUAUUUAUUUCUAAUUAUGGGCUCUUGUUACUCUCAAGUACCUUAUACUUUUCCAGAUGGAGGUAUAUACGAUGGCGAAAUUAAAGAUGGACUUCCUGUAUAAUUGUUAAGGUGAAUCUAGGAUGGAAAAGGUAAAAUUAUCUGGGAUAACGGAACCUAAUUUGAAGGAUAUUUUGAAAAAGGGAAAAAGGUUAAAAAGGGUGUUUUUAAAUGGGGUGAUUCUUCACAUUAUGAAGGUGAAUUUUUGAAUGAAAAUUUUCAUGGAUAUGGUGAAUAUUAUUGGUACAAUGGGAAAGUGUACAAAGGUAAUUGGGUUAAUGGUAAGAUGGAAGGUCAAGGUACACUAUGUUAUGAUGGUAAGGAGUAUAUUGGUAUUAAAUUUAUUAAAUCGUUAAGGUGAAUUCAAAAAUGAUAAAAAGGAUGGGUAAGGAGAAUUAAGAUGGCCAAAUGGAUAGAAAUAUAUAGGUUAUUGGAAGAAUGGGAAACAAGAUGGUAUAGGUAAGUUAAUUGAACCAAAUGGAAAUGUAAUCGAAGGCAAAUGGGUAAAGGGCAAAAAAUUAUGA